AUGCUUUACCGGCAGGCCGAACAGGAGGCUGCUGACCUGAGGAGGAGGAUCAGGGAAAGAAGAGCCAGAUUGCAGAGGAGGGAGAGGAGGCUUGCACUUCUAGCAUAUCUUGUGAACAAGAAGAAACAACCAAUGCAGAGAUAUGCACAGAUGAAUAUAAAUGUGCCAAUCAUCAGCAUGUUUAUGAUCGUCCACAAGACUGUAGACAACAUGAUGACGAUCAUUCACCAGGUCAUCCAUUUCCCCAAACAUGAGGAACUGGAGGUGGUGGGGUCUGGCUUUUCCCGUCUGGCUGAUCAUGAGGCAUUUGGUCGGGCUGUUGGAGCCAUUGAUGGGUGCCACAUCCGUGUUCUUCCCCCUAAAGACCCACAGAAGAGGUGUUACAUGAACAGAAAACUCUUCCCAUCAGUUAUUUUGCAAGGUGUCUGUGAUGCUGGGGGAAAGUUCCGAGAUGUCUACAUAGGGAAUCCAGGAUCGGUCCAUGACUCGAUGGUUCUCCGCAGAUCCCCCAUGUUCAGACAGGCCCUGUAUCCACCAGCUGGAUACUUUCUGCUGGGAGAUGGAGGGUACCCGUGUCUGCAGCAUCCGGUGGCCAUCAUGACACCGUACCGCCAGCCCGUAGCCACCAGAGUGGAAUCCAGAUUUAAUCACCACCAUGCCAAGGCCCGCAUUAUAAUCGAACGCACCUUUGGGAUGCUCAAGACCCGCUGGCGCAAUAUCUUUCUGCGGGCUCUUGAAGUCCGACCUCUCUUCACACCGAAAGUGAUCGGUGCCUGCUGCAUCCUCCAUAACAUCUGCAUGGGUGUAGGAGACAUCGUGGAGGAGGAGGAGGAAGAGGAGGACGAUGAUGGCAGUGAGGACGGGGGAAACGGUGAGGAUGAAGCCCCUGGUGAGGACCUGUCAGGAAAUGGCACCAGGGAAAGGAUUGCCACACAGGUUUCCUCACCCACUGAGUUGCAACAUUUCUUACAUGAACAUGAUUAUAAUUGA